CUUUACACUGCAGAUGAACCUGCAGAGGAUAAUGCGAUUAACCCUCUCGACCUCAUAGUAGCACUCUUCCUUUGUGCUGACAGCUUCUUGCAACAGGAACUGGCCCUCAAGAUGUCAAUGUGCCAGUUUUCUGUCCCACUGCUGUUGCCCCAUGGCAAUAACAAUCAGAGUACCCUGAUGCUUUGGGCUCUGAGAGACAUCGUCAAAGAGUGGCGUCCACAUCAUUUGUCUGAAUCAAGAGGGUUUGUUGAAGACAACAUUAUCCAAGCAGAUAUUCCAUUCUACUCCUUUGUGAGGCUGAAAAAUUGCAGUUUAUCCAAGUCCCAGUGUUUGAAUCAUGUUCUCAGCCAUGGUCAGUACAACAACAAUAUGUUCAUACACAGAGAUAUGGAAGGUGUAGCACAUGAAAGAAUAAUUGCCAAUGGUUUAGUAGAGGUUUGCUGGUACCUUCCCAGUGGGACUGAAAAUCUUGACAUAUUUCCAGAGCCAGUUGCAUUCGCUAAUUUGAGAGGAGACGUUUGUGAGUCACUUGCACAGUUCACUUUUCUUUGUCAAGUGUCCACUGCUACCUUUGUAUUCCUGGACAAAGUUGAAGAAGAGGAGCACAAGAUUCUGACUUCUCUUCAAGAUGUCAAAUCUAAACUGUUCUUCAUUGUUAACCGCAAGGAGGGGAAUGUUACAGAGGAUAUGGUGUCUGUCGAAAAAACACAGAAAGAAUUAGACCUACCAAAGACCAGUGUGAAAAUCAAAGACCAAAAGGUAAAUGUUGCAGAGUUUUCAGAUAAAUUGUGUACAGCAAUCAAGAAAUCCCUGACAGAUGUAACAACCACAAUGACAAUUGAAAAUAUGCUUGAGAGAGCUGUUGAACUUGGUCUGUCAGUGGAUGAACGUACAAGUGACGACGAAAAGAAAGCAGCUCAGGAGAUUGUGAAAGGAAUCAGAGUGCAGCAUAUACCAGACUAUAAGAACCAACAAAUUCCUUUGCAAGGCGUUAACUAGAAAAGGUUAUCACAGUUAGAGAAGGAGGAAUGUAGGUUACAAGAACCUGGUGAUCUAGAACUGGAAGAAUAUAAAUCUCAGCUACAUGUAGAAAAACAACAGAUUAAGAAGGAGCUUGGCAAACACAAACUAUCACAUGCUAUGAAGAGUUUUAUUGACCACUUAUCUACAACUGACAAAGACAAAAGAGAUUUUUUCCUAAAGUGGAUAGAACUUCAGCUUAAUGCACAUUUGCAGACUGCCAUUCAACUACCUUUACUGCGUCACAAGUUGGCAGAGCAGAGCAACAAAGAGGAGAAAAACAUGAAAGAGAUUGCAGAGCUGGAUCAGGCUUUGCUGGAUAGCUCUUUAGUACUAGAGCAUUACAUGAGAGAGAUGGGGCUGAUCUAUGAGUUUUCCUUGCAGUCACGAGACACUGCUGAUGAAAUAUCUCGUCUCCCUGGUUUGGCUGCUGAAAUGCUGUUGGAUGGAUAUCCUUUAGAGCUCUUAGAUGGAGAUGCUUCUAACAUCCCAGAGAGAUGGGUGACAGAUGUGCUAAUGGAGCUUCACAAGAAGGUUGGAGAGAAGAGCAGACUGUUGGUACUGACGGUGUUGGGUGUUCAAAGUAGUGGGAAGUCAACACUCCUCAACACCAUGUUUGGUGUGCAGUUUCCUGUCAGUAGUGGCAGAUGCACAAGAGGAGCUUAUAUGCUCUUCCUCAGAGUAAGUGAGGAUAUACAAAGGGACUUGAACUGUGACUUUAUACUUCUCAUUGACACAGAGGGUCUUAAAUCUCCUCAUUUGGAACAACUAGAGGACAGCUAUGAGCAUGACAACCAGCUGGCAACCUUUGUCAUUGGCUUAAGUGAUGUCACCAUUAUCAAUGUCUCAAUGGAGAACUCAACAGAAAUGAAAGAUAUCCUGCAAAUUGCAACACAUGCUUUCUUGAGAAUGAAGGAAAUUGGUAAAAAGCCAGUUUGUCAUUUUGUGCACCAGAAUGUUGGUGGAGUCUCAGCUCACGCAAAAACCAAGGCCGAUAGAAAACAUUUCUUGGACCAGCUCAAUGAAAUGACUCAAAUUGCAGCCGAAAUGGAAAAGCAGCCCGCUAUAAAAGCUUUCACAGAUGUGCUGGACUAUGACAU